GAGGCGAACGCUGCAGCUGAAUCAAGCGCUUGGCAAACGGUUCACGUAAUCCUUGCGGACAAAAUUACCAACUCUAUAAAAUUUAUCAUUUCUUUAUCAAUGUGCAAAUUGCAAAAGUUUUGUGUCAAUGCCAAAAAUUAGCAAACCAGUUACUAAACUAGACAAACAAUUAGGAUUGGACAAAAGCCUAGCGUGCAGCAAAGGAUCUCGUACGGGCAACUCGGCCAACAAUAAGGAGCUGAAGGUGUUGACUCUGCUGCAGACUGUGCCGUGAACUUUGAACUCUACGUAAGAGCUAGCUAGAAAGAGAAACGUUUAGCUACUGCGCAGCUCAGUGUAAUUGGAAAUCGCCAUCGAGAAGUUAC